AAGAAACCUUUUUCCAACUUUCUACUCCUUCACCGCAACCUUUUAGACAGUGCCCGCUCUGCGACUUUUUGCACGCAGACCGAGGUGAUUAGGUAUAGCGUAGACGAAGGCCGGUUGGGUAAAAGAGCUUGCUAGCCUGUUCAGUGGUGCCUAUAUCUUCAUAACAUUUUGAUACCAAGAAGACCUCCAUUGUGUUUUUCCCGCCCUCUUCUACGGUUGUUUUCGUCAAUGCCACCGAAACGCGCUGGCACUUCGAAACGCAAGGCCGCGUCGGACAGCGACGAUGACGGGACAAGCACCAAAAAAGCCAAGGUCGAAUCUCCCGUCGAAGGAGCACAGCCGACCAACAAAGUCCUGCCAGUGAAUAUCUCGUUCCCGUCGCGAAAAGGGCUGAGGAUCGCAGCGUGGAAUGUUUGUGGACUGGCAGCGAGUCAAAAGAAAGGGUUUAAAUUCUACGUCGAGGCUGAGGAUCCCGACGUCCUUGUGUUGACUGAAACCAAGGUCAACGACGAAUCUGUCGACCCCGCACUGAAAAGCCGGUUUCCUCAUUCCUACUGGUCAAUCUCUUCAAAAAAGACGUACUCUGGGACCGCCGUUCUCUCCAAGCACAAGGCUCUGUCCGUCGAUAAAACCCUUCCAGGACAUCCCGACCCAGAGAUCGUCAAAGGACGCAUCAUCACCCUUGAAUUCGGGAGCUGUUACCUCGUCGCGACCUACGUUCCCAAUGCCGGCACCGACCUCAAGACUCUGGGCGUUAAAAAUGAAUGGAAUGUUCACUUCACGCGAUACAUCCGGGACCUUGACAAGAAAAAACCCGUCAUCUGGACGGGGGACCUCAACGUCGCUCCAACGGAAAUAGAUCUUUGCAAUGCAAAAAAGAACUGGAACAAAACUGCCGGAUAUACUGAGGCUGAAACAACGGCGUACAAAAAUAUCCUUUCACCUCCAGAUGAUUCGCCAGAUGCUGAACAUAAGUUUGUUGAUGUCUGGAGGAAACUGCAUCCUGAAGAUAAACACUAUACCUAUUUCUCCUACCGGUUCAACUGUAGAGCAAAAGGUAUCGGUUGGCGAUUGGAUAUGUUUGUCUUGAGCGAACGCCUAGUAGAUCGCGUCCAGAUGUGCGAAAUCCGAAGCGAAAUAUACGGUGCAUCGGACCACUGUCCUUUGACUCUGGAAAUAGACGGAGAGCUCUAAGUGUGUCGCUUGCACAUUGAUUUCUGUACAUUAUCCCUUCCUGUAUCUUGUUUAUCGUCUCCACCUGUUAAAUUCAUGCAUCUCUUUCUUGCCAACG